AUGGCAGAAUCCCGUCUUUCAGUUUCUCAGGACCAGCUUACCUGCUCAAUCUGUCUGGAUCUACUGAACGAUCCAGUGACCAUUCCCAGUGGACACAGUUUCUGUAUGAGCUGUAUUUCACGCUCCUGGGAUCAGGAUAAUUGGAAUACCCUUUACCGCUGUCCUCAGUGCAGACAGACCUUCACUCCAAGACCAGCUUUAAAUAAGAACGUGGUGAUUGCACAAAUGGUGGCAAACCUGAACAGAACACAACGCCAGACUAAUGAUGUUUCUCCUUGUUAUGCAGAUUUUGGAGAUGUGGAGUGUGACGUUUGUACAUCUGUUAGAAAACGCAAAGCCGUCAAGUCAUGUCUGGUGUGUCUAAAUUCUUUCUGUCAAAGUCACCUUCAGCAACACGAGAGUCUCUUUGAAGGUGAGCGACACUAUUUGAUGGAUGCUGUUGAAAAACUCGAGGAGAUGAUCUGUCCAAAACACGAUAAACUUUUGGAGGCUUACUGUCAUACUGACAAGGAAAGUAUCUGUUCGCUGUGCAUGAGAGAUGAGCAUAAACAACAUGAUGUGGCACCUGUAGCACGGAUAAUGACACAGAGUUCCUCGUCUCUUUCUGUCCCUCAUGGAUCAACAGACUUUUUGAGCGCUAAUGUCGGUUCUUGUCCAAAUGUGAGAAAAUCUUUCUCUAAGAAACUGAAGAAAAAAAUUGAUAAUUUUCUUAAUUUGGAAAUGGUGGCUGUAUCUGGUCAAAUAAUAUGCUACAAAAAUAAUAUUACUGAUGGACCCAAGAACAGGAAUCAGAUCUUACAGUAUUUGCAUGUCCUCUCAAUGGAUUCCAACACAAAUAAUGAAAUCCUUCAUCUAUCGGAUGGGAACCGAGUGGCUGGUAACACUGAUAGAGUCCAGCAGUAUCCUGAUCAUCCAGAAAGAUUUGACUCUUGGCCUCAGGUGUUGUGUAAAGAGAGUGUGUGCGGACGCUGUUACUGGGAGGUCGAGUGGAGUGGAGAUUUAGGGGUGGAAAUAUCAGUGUCCUAUAAGAGCAUCAGCAGAAAAGGAUGGGGUGAGGAGUGUAAAUUUGGAUGUAAUGAUCAGUCCUGGAGUUUGCAUUGCUCUCCUUCCAAAUUCACAUUUUGUGCAAAUAACAAAGAGAUUAAACUCAAUGUAAACUACAGGCCUUCUAGAAUAGGGGUGUAUGUGGAUUAUAAUGCAGGAACUGUGCAGUUCUUUAAAAUCUCUGACAAAAUGAAACUCAUCUACAUGUUCCAGAUAAAAUGUUCUCAACCGCUCUUUCCAGGUUUCAGGAUUUAUUUUGGUUCGGCAGUGAAACUGUGUGAUCCAGCAAGAAACUGUGGAUAA